UUUUCUCUAGGACUAUUAAAAAUAUGGCUGAAUCUGAAAUUGAUAAUGACAAUUCGUUAUGUGAUGUUAAUGAAACAGAGGAUAUAACUAUUGAAAAAAAUCGAUCAAAACUAGACUUAACAGAACCAGCACAUUGUUUUUUAAGAUAUUAUUCCUAUGUUAGAGGUGAAAAAGUUGCAAAAUGUCGUCUUUGCAAAAAAUUAAUCGGUAGAAAGGAUGGAAGCACAACAGGAAUGGAACGAGCUCACGUCUUAAUACAAGUUAACAAAUAAAAUUUAUUAUUAGUAUCUCAUAAAUAAAUUAUAUUAGGAUUGCACAACAAGGUGGAACUCAUCGUAUUAUAUGAU